AUGUCUUUUAUAUUUUCUGGAAUCAAUAAAACUUUUAAAGAAUUUGUUGAAAAAUUAUUAGAUAUUAAAUUUAAAAAAUUUGAUAAAAUAGCAAAAAAUGAUAAUGAAAAAAGACAUAAAGGAAAAGUUUUUGAAUAUUUUCUUUAUGAAUUAGCAACUCAUAAUGGAAUAAUUGUAAAGAUGAACCAAACAUUUAUUUCAUUCUCGAAAACAAUAUUUAAAACAUUAUCAGAUGGAAGUGGAAAUAUUAAAAUUCAACUAGCUGAAAUAAGAGAAUUUUUAAAUACUGCAAAAAGAAAAACAAAUUAUGAUGUAGCAUUUUUUAUUUCUAAUAUUGAAUUAAGUGAUUAUGCAAUCAAUGAAUUAAAAAAUUAUACAGGUGAUAAAGCUAAAAUUUGUAUUUGUCUUAUUCAAGAUUUUAUUCCAAAAAUUCAUGAAUAUGAAAAUAUAUUUUUAAAUAAUAAAAUUAAAUUAGAAAAAGAAAAAACUAAAUAUUUAGAAUAUGAAAUAGAAAAUAGAACAUUAAAAAAAUAUAAUGAAAAAUUAGAAAAUCUUAAUGAAAUAUUAGAAACUAAAAUUAAAACAAUUGAGGAAAAUAACAAAAAAUUAGAUGAAAAACUUAAUUUAAUUUUAGAAAUUUUAAAUAAAAAAUAA